AUGGGAUGUGGCUGUGUGAAGGAAUCUGCCGUGGAACCAGGGCAGCCAGUGCAUGAUGGCACUACAACUGGAAGGACCAUCAAGGUGGGUGGUUUCAAAGGCGGCCGCCCUACAUUGGCAGAAUUGCAGAAGUUGAACAUCCCAGGCCUAGAUGAGCAAUUGGGCAGCGAUAAAAAGGCCUUUGGAAGUGACCAGACUUCCGGAAAAGGCCUCCGCUCUGGCGCAAGUUGCUUGGAAGUUUUGGAGAAGCGAUCUGUACUUGUGGCUGUGAGGGCGCGUCCUCUGAAUGAUCGAGAGAAGACGGCCGCAUCGGGGGAGUGCCUGACUUUUCAGGAUGCCACAGGCUUAACCCUGCACCGAGAUGAUGACAGAGAACAUCGCUUCGCCUUUGAUUGCGUGAUGUCUCAAGAUGUUGGUCAGCGCGAAGUAUACGACAGGACAGCACGACCAUUGCUGCACAAAGUCCUAGAAGGCUACAAUGGCUGUUUAUUUGCAUAUGGCCAGACUGGCUCGGGCAAGACCUUCACCAUGCAAGGUGCAGGGGACCAGCGCGGGAUCAUCCCCACACUUUGCACAGAGCUUUUCAAUGAGAUUCAGGAGUCUGCAGAGAAGAAACACAUUACAGUGGUUUGCAGCGUUCUCGAAAUCUACAACGAGAAGGUGAAGGACUUGUCUGUGGAUUCCAGUGAUGACCUAACGAUCCGUGAAGACAGCUCACAAGGUGGUCGGGGCAUUCACGUCGAAGGAUUGACAGAGGUUCAAGUUCGAAGUUGCGAAGAGGUUUUGGACUGUAUUGCCAAGGCUCAGCAAAGAAGAGCUGUUGGUAAGACCAACAUGAACGAACACAGCUCUCGUUCCCACUCGGUGGUGACGCUCCGAGUGGGUGCUUGCGAUUGUGACGAUGUGGAUGCAGCCACGCUGACGGUAUCAAAGCUUCAUCUCAUUGAUUUGGCCGGAAGUGAGCGGCAAAAGGCGACAGGUGCCACUGGGGAUCGCUUGAAGGAAGGUGCUCAGAUCAAUUUGUCGCUGUCUGCAUUGGGGAACGUUAUCAAUGCCCUCACUGAGAAGACUUCAGGAGGCCGUGGUGAAUCGUGA